AUGGAACCCCGCGAACCACCUCCACCCAGGGGCUACGUAGGGCAGGCCCUUAUCAACAUCUGGACCGCCCUCGGCGCGCUGGUGCGGGGCGCGGUGCCUCGCACCGCCGACGACUCCAAGCGCGCCGUGGGCGCAGCCGCGCCGGUCUUUGUCGACAAGGACGGCCGCCCGCUGCCCCGCACACCCGCCUCCGCCGAGCCCACGCCACCGCCGCCGCCAGCCGCGCUCGCCCCCGCUGCGCCCGCCAGCCCGGAGCGCCACGCCCACGGCGCGCUCGUGUGCGCCGCUGAGGGCCUGGAGCGCGCGCUGCUGCAGCCGGUGGCGGGCGCCAAGGCCCCCGCAUUGGCGGCGGCGCAUGAGGAGCGGGAGGCGGAGCGCGUGACAGACCCCUUCAGGAGGCAGAUAACAUCCGGGUGA